AUGAUGAUGGUUUCUAGCAAAACAUUCUCUUUGCUUCAGUUUUUCACUCUUUUCUACCUCUUUACAGUUGCAUUUGCUUCCACUGAGGAAGCAAUUGCCCUCUUGAAAUGGAAAGCAACUUUCAAGAACCAGAAUAAUUCCUUAUUGGCUUCAUGGAUGCCAAAUUCUAAUGCAUGCAGGGACUGGUAUGGAGUUAUAUGCUUUAAUGAUCGGGUAAACACGUUGACUAUUACAAAUUCCAGUAUCAUUGGUACACUCUAUGCUUUUCCGUUUUCAUCUCUUCCUUUUCUUGAGCAUCUUGAUCUUAGCAGGAACAAUAUCUCUGGCACCAUUCCACCUGAGAUUGGUAUUCUCACUAAUCUUGUCUAUCUUGGUUUGAACAUCAAUCAGAUUUCAGGAACAAUCCCACCACAAAUAGGAUCACUAGCCAAGCUUCAGAUCCUCCGCAUAUUUGGCAACAAUUUAAAUGGCCCCAUUCCAGGAGAAAUAGGUUAUCUAAGGUCUCUUAGAGCCCUAGAUUUGAGUGAUAACUCUCUUUCUGGUUCUAUCCCUGCUUCAUUGGGGAAUUUCAACAACUUGUCUUUACUAUAUCUUUAUAAUAAUCAGCUUUCUGGUUCUAUUCCAGAAGAAAUAGGUUACCUGAGGUCUCUUACUGAAAUAUUUUUGAACAGAAACUUUCUUAAUGGUUCUAUUCCUUCUUCAUUGGGGAAUUUGAACCACUUGUCUAUUUUGUGUCUUUAUGAUAAUCAUCUUUCUGGUUCUAUUCCUGCUUCAUUUGGGAAUUUGAACAACUUGUCUAUCUUGUGUCUUUAUGAUAAUCACCUUUCUGGCUCUAUUCUUGAAGAAAUAGGUUACCUAAGGCCUCUCACUAUGCUAUUUUUGGGUAUGAACUCUCUUAAUGGUUCUAUUCCUGCUUCCUUUGGCAAUUUGAGAAAUUUGCAAGAGCUGUAUCUCAAUGAUAACAAUCUCACUGAGGAGAUUCCUUCAUCAGUGUGCAAUCUGACAUCACUGGAAGUGUUGUUUAUGUCGAGAAACAACUUGACAGGAAAAAUUCCACAAUGUUUAGGUAAUAUCAUUCGCCUCAAGGUUAUGACGAUGUCACAUAAUAAUCUCAGUGGAGAGAUCCCUUCAUCUAUUUCCAAUUUAACAUCACUACAAAUUCUAGAUUUGGGCAGAAACAAUCUGGAGGGAGCAAUUCCACAAUGUUUUGGCAAUAUUCGUAGCCUCCAGGUUUUUGAUAUGCACAACAACAAACUUACAGGGACUCUUCCAACAAAUUUUAGCAUUGGAAGUUCACUUAUAAGUCUCAACUUGCAUGGCAAUAAACUAGAGGGAAAAAUACCUCGAUCUUUGGCCAAUUGCAAAAAGUUGCAAGUUCUUGAUCUAGGAGAAAAUCAUCUCAAUGACACAUUCCCCAUGUUGUUGGGAACAUUGACAGAGCUGAGAGUUUUAAGAUUGACAUCGAAUAAAUUGCAUGGACCCAUUAGAUCUUUAGGGGCUGAAAUCAUGUUUCCUAAUCUUCGAAUCAUAGAUCUCUCUUACAAUGCCUUCUCGAAAGCCUUACCAACGAGUCUGCUUCAAAAUUUGAAAGGCAUGAGAACAAUUGAUCAAACCAUGGACAAACCAAGUUAUGAAGGAGAUGGAUAUUACCAAGACUCGGUAGUUGUUGUAUCAAAGGGAUUGAAGCUUGAAGUUGUGAGAAUUUUGUCUUUGUACACAGUUAUAGAUCUUUCAAACAACAAAUUUGAAGGAUAUAUUCCUGGUGUUCUGGGAGAUCUCAUUGCGAUUCGGGUACUGAAUUUAUCUCAUAAUGGAUUGCAAGGCCCUAUACCACCAUCACUUGGAAGCUUAUCCGUAGUGGAAUCACUGGACCUUUCGUUUAACCAUCUUUCGGGAGAGAUACCACAACAACUUGCUUCUCUUACUUCUCUUGAAUUCUUAAAUCUCUCCCACAAUUAUCUCCAAGGAUGCAUCCCUCAAGGACCUCAAUUUCAUACCUUUGAGGGCAAUUCAUAUGAAGGUAAUGAUGGAUUACGUGGAUUCCCUGUUUCAAAAGGUUGUGGCAAUGAUCAUGUGUCAGAGAUAAAUUAUACAGUGUCUGCGCUAGAAGAUCAAGAAAGAAAUUCUGAAUUUUUCAAUGAUUUUUGGAAAGCCGCCCUGAUGGGCUAUGGCAGUGGAUUAUGUAUUGGAUUAUCCAUAAUAUAUUUCAUGAUCUCAACUGGAAAUAUGAAAUGGCUUGCAAGAAUCAUUGAAGAACUGGAACACAAAAUUAUCAUGCGAAGGAGAAAGAAGCGGCAAAGUCAAAGGAACUACAGAAGAAGAGAUAAUCGUUUCUAG